GCUCCUACGGGAGCUGAAAGUUUCUCUCGUCCUUCCUUUGCCUGUUUAACUAUAUAUGUCUUGAUACUACUACUACUAGCUCCAGUUGUCAUUUUCUCGCCGUGACUCGUCGCCAAUGCGAUCGUUGCUUCUGCUAUAUACUCUCGUGCCCGCCGUUUGCUCGUUUGCGUUUAGUAUCAUGCCCGGCUAUAGCUCCAUUUGCUCACGAUGAAAUUCGCCAAGGAGCUGGAACAGCAACUGGUUCCAGAGUGGCGCGCCAAAUAUCUAGAUUAUAAGACCGGCAAGAAGAAAGUCAAAGCGAUCUCUCGCGCUCUCCAAAAAACCUCUCGAAGCCCCAGUCAUCCCUCUCUUCAACAACACAAUGCUUCCGCGCAUGACGACCAAGAUGACCGUCCUGCUGGUUCUGAUGGCCCGUCCCCAUUCCGACGCUCCAGUAGCAGACUCGAUGCCAAUGAUCCCUCCCACAUUCCUUCCACCCCUAUAAGAAGCAGUGGUCCUACGCCACGCUCACCGCGCUCGGGCUCUAGCCGCAGCGAGCGUCAGCCCCUGCGUGUACCCGGCUCUAGGUUUUCAGGCGUCAUUGGAAGCUACGGAAGUAUCGUACCCUCUCCUCCGCUGAACGCUGCAUCAUCGGAUGUCGCCUCCCUUCGACUGCCAGAUCCCGCCAUCGACCCAAAGCAUAAUGACUACUCGUCGGAGAGGGAUGCGGAGCAGACCAGUGUACCUGAGACACCGUCGCCGGUGAUGUCGCGACAUGCGAGCACACGAACUGCGACCAAGGGCAUAGUUCACCGGAGUCCUGCGACGCCCCAGAAGGAUCAUAAGCGGAAUGCAACCCCAGGCCCUCCAAACCGGAGAGGAUCGUUGCUCCAGCGCGUCCUGUCCUAUCCGGACUGGGAUUCCCCCGAGAAGCGUGGAGCGGAUGGAUCUUCUGAGUUCGAGAAGCGCCAGGACGAGUUCUUCGCCUUUUUGGAUAGCGAGUUGACCAAGAUAGAAUCUUUCUAUCAGAUGAAGGAAGAGGAGGCCGCAGAACGCCUCAAGGUGCUUCGUCAUCAGCUGCAUAUCAUGCGGGACCAACGCACACAGGAAGUUCUAGGUGCCAAGUUGGCCCGGCCAGAGAAAGAAGGAAUGCCAAAGUCUCAUGCAUUCGGCCCCCUAGGUGGCCUCGCUGGCUUCGGCAUACGCGGCGCUCUCACUGGACGUCAUUUCGGAAAGAACUCUAAAGCCCUUGCAGAGUUGGGCACCCCUUCAGCAGCCUUACAAGGACAGGAUCCCGACCAUACAGUGUCGCGUCGCGAUUUCAUCCGUCGGCCCGAGGAUCCAACCAACAGCGAUGUCUCCUAUCGCUCCGCUAAAAGGAAGCUGAAGCACGCGCUUCAGGAGUACUACCGCGGUGUGGAGCUGCUGAAGGCGUACGCCUACCUGAACAGGACUGCCUUCCGUAAGAUCAACAAGAAAUAUGACAAGACUACUAAUGCGCGUCCUGCGCAGAGAUACAUGUCUGAGAAAGUCAACAAGUCGUGGUUCGUUCAAAGCGAAGUCACUGAGAAUCUGCUGUCCGCUGCAGAAGACCUGUACGCUCGUUACUUCGAGCGCGGCAACCGCAAGAUCGCCGCUUCGAAAUUGCGCCACACCAUCAAUAAAUCCGGAGAUUAUUCUCCGUGCACGUUCCGUGCCGGUGUGCUCUUGAUGGGUGGUGUCCUGUUUGGUGCUCAGUCAUUAGUAUAUGCAGUACAGAACCUUCAUGAUCGGGAUGGUGAACUAAAGACUCAUACAAGCUACUUGCUUCAGAUAUAUGGGGGCUAUUUCCUCGUUGUACUUCAUUUCCUUUUGUUCUGCCUAGACUGUAUGGUCUGGACUCGGGCCAAGAUCAACUACGUCUUUGUGUUUGAAUAUGAUACCAGGCAUGCAUUAGAUUGGCGUCAGCUUACUGAGCUGCCGUCAUUUUUCUUCUUUCUGCUGGGUCUCUGCAUGUGGCUCAAUUUCAUGGUUCUAUCCGGUUGAGUUCCGUGAUUUUUUUCUGGGAGACAUGUAUUGCUCCCAGACAUAUGCCAUGGGGAAUAUCGAAUUAUUCUUCUGUCUCUACGCACAUUAUUGGGGUGACCCUCCCCAGUGCAACUCUUCGCAUUCCAGGCUGCUUGGGUUCUUUACCUGCCUACCGGGCAUUUGGAGAGCU